CAAACUCCACUCGAUUUCCCAGACCUGACAUGCAUUAUUUUUGUUGCUUGCAUCGUGUUCAGACGGUUUAAAAGGGUUUGUCUUCUGUAUUGUACGGGGUCAAGAAAUUUUGUGCAAGUCUUUAGAGUAUUGGAUCCGCAGUGCGACUCUUCUGAAAGUAUCAAGUUUCAUUUCCUGGCUUUUUUGAUUUGAUUCAGUUUCGGAAACCGUGUGGGUGUAUGUUUUUGGGGAUUAUCAAUAAGCAAGCUACCAAACCUCCUGCUCUUUUCUCUGGAUACUUGAAGCAUGCGCUUACUUGAUGGAAGCACUGGCGCUCCUUCGGAUGAAGAAGCAGCAGCAGCUAGUGGUGGCACCGCGGGACCGGAAGCGCCAAAAGAGGGUAGUGAAGCGCCAUCGGAAGGUACUGAUGCGGGCACGACUGCAGCCCCGGUGACCACAACAGCAUUCUCCCCGCUGGCCUUCGAUCAGUCAUAUACUUGGAUGAUGCAGCUGGUGGUUUUGGUGGCAGCAAUGACGUUGUUCUUUCCAUUCUUGCGAAAUCUGUUCGGCGUGAAGUCGAAAAAGCGACAAGUUGUCAACUAUACAACUUACGAUUCAGACGAAGAUUGCGAUGAAAACUAUGAAGAGGAUGCAGAAGAGGAGUAUUGCGAAGAAGAAUAGAUCAUUGCUGAAUAAUCGUUCACUUUAGACUGAUUGAUAAAUUCCAUUUUCGAAUUUUUAUUGAUUAUUUGAGGAUAUCUCUUUAGAGUAAGGCACAAGCUGAUGCAAUUGACAGAAAUUUUGAAGUAUAGCUCGGGACAAAUUUCAAAAUAUUCUGCAAAGUUUUUAUUGAUUUCGUGAGGUUCUGAGUUCUGCUUUCGUACAUAUUUCGUAUCAUAUUAAGAGAGUGAAUUUUAUAGUUUAUAGAUUCCUUGUAAUAAAUAUGACCGUAAAAA